CCUCGACACACCAGCUCAAGGACUUCACGGCGGGGCCAGGCUUACACUGUCCCAGGGUCUGUGAGUCUCCAAGAGAACCCGAGCCUGGGGUUCCGGUUUGGUUUAAGGCUUGGUCCUAGAGUGACCUGGGACGAACCCCAGUCCCCACCUCCUCCUCCUAAGCUACAGUCUCCUCGGCAUUCAUUCGUUCAGAAUGUGUUUGUUGACCGACUCCCAUGUGUCUGGUACAGACGUAGGCGCCGGCAUACAAGCAGCAAGACAGACAAGGCGCUUGUGCUCGUGGGACUUACAGUCUAGAGGAAGGAGACAGUCAACAAGAGGGUCACACAGCACAAUGUCAGCUCUGCCCCUGGACCAACACCAGAUCACCCACAAAGACCCGAAGACAGGAAAGCCGAGGACUUCGCCAGCCCUGCACCCCGAGCAGAAGGCAGACCGGUAUUUUGUGUUAUACAAACCGCCCCCUAAAGACAACAUUCCCGCCCUAGUGGAGGAGUACCUGGAACGCGCCACCUUCAUAGCCAAUGACCUCGACUGGCUCCUGGCCUUGCCUCACGAUAAAUUCUGGUGCCAGGUUGUUUUUGAUGAGACUCUGCAGAAGUGCCUGGAUUCCUACCUACGCUAUGUACCCCGAAAGUUUGAUGAGUGGGUGGCCCCGACCCCUGAGGUUGCUGACAUGCAGAAGCACCUACACCGAAGCAUUUUCCUCACCUUCCUUCGAAUGUCCACUCAUAAGGAAUCCAAAGAUCACUUCAUUUCUCCAUCUGUAUUUGGAGAAAUCCUCUACAAUAACUUCCUCUUUGACAUCCCAAAGAUCCUGGACCUCUGUGUGCUCUUUGGAAAAGGCAAUUCACCACUGCUCCAGAAAAUGAUAGGAAACAUAUUUACCCAGCAGCCAAGUUAUUAUAAUGACCUGGAUGAAACCAUCCCCACCAUACUUCAGGUCUUCAGCAAUAUCCUACAGCACUGUGGCUUGCAAGGGGAUGGGACCAGCACCACACCCCAGAAACUUGGGGAGAAGGGUCGGUUGACACCCAGUGACAUGCCUCUCUUGGAAUUAAAGGACAUUGUCCUCUACCUAUGUGAUACCUGCACCACACUCUGGGCCUUUUUGGAUAUCUUCCCUUUGGCCUGCCAAACCUUCCAGAAACAUGACUUUUGUUACAGACUAGCUUCCUUUUAUGAGAUGGCAAUUCCUGAAAUGGAGUCUGCAAUUAAGAAGAGGAGGCUUGAAGACAGCAAGCUGCUAGGUGACAUGUGGCAGAGACUUUCCCAUUCCAAGAAAAAGCUAAUGGAGGUGUUUCACAUCAUCCUGAACCAGAUCUGCCUCCUUCCCAUUCUAGAGAGCAGCUGUGACAACAUUCAAGGCUUCAUUGAAGAAUUCCUUCAGAUCUUCAGCUCCUUGCUGCAGGAAAAGAGAUUCCUCCGGGACUAUGACUCAUUCUUCCCUAUAGCUGAAGACAUCAGCCUGCUACAGCAGGCUUCAUCAGCCUUGGAUGAGACCCGGACUGCCUACAUCCUGCAGGCUGUGGAAAGUGCAUGGGAAGGGGUGGACAGACAGAAAAUCAAGGACAUUAAAGACCCUUCAAGGGCCAAGGAUGCUAAUAAUGAAGUCACAAUGACACCGAAGCCAAUCAGUGAAAUGCCGUCGUCACAGCUGGAGAACUCAGAGGAGGAUGAGGAGUGCAUGGGUGCAGCAGCCGCCCUGGGCCCGACUGUGUGUGGUGUGGAACUAGACUCACUCAUCUCCCAAGUGAAAGACCUGCUGCCAGACCUUGGGGAGGGCUUCAUCUUGGCCUGCCUGGAGCACUACAGCUAUGAUUCAGAGCAGGUGAUCAAUAACAUCCUGGAGGAUCGGCUGGCCCCUGAACUCAGCCAGCUGGACCGAAGCCUAGAAAGACAAGUGAAGCCGGACCCUACACCCCUGCUGACAUCCCGUCAUAACGUCUUCCAGAAUGAUGAAUUUGAUGUGUUCAGCAGGGAUUCAGUGGACCUGAGCCGAGUGCACAAGGGCAGGAGGAAGGAGGAGAACGUCAGGAGCCUGGUGAAUGACAAGCGAGCUGUGGUGGCACAGUGGCAUCGCUACCAGCAGUACAGUGUGGUAAUGGAGGAGGUCCCACUGCAGCCAGGAGAAUACCAGGUUGAUGACUAUGAGGACGAGUAUGAUGACACAUAUGAUGGCAACCAGGUGGGCGCCAAUGAUGCAGACUCUGAUGAUGAACUCAUCAGCCGCAGGCCCUUCACCACCCCUCAGGUGCUGAGAACCAAAACGCCUGGAGAAGGACAGGAGGAAGAAUAUGAAGUGGAGGAGGUUGAAGAGGAGGCCCCCAAGCUGGACCAUUUCAUCCAGGAUCCUGCAGUGCUGAGAGAAAAGGCUGAAGCCAGGCGCAUGGCUUUCCUUGCCAGGAAGGGGUACCGGCCUGAGAACUCCGCAGCAGUAACAGGCAGCCCCCGGGGUCAUGGGCAAAGCCGAGAAACCACCCAGGAGCGGAGGAAGAAAGAAGCCAAGAAGGCAACCAGAGCCAACCACAACCGUAGAACCAUGGCUGACCGGAAGAGAAGCAAAGGCAUGAUCCCAUCCUGAGGUGGCAGAGCUGCCUGGGUGAAGGAGGCCCCUCAAGGCCACCACCACACCUCACCUGCCAGCCAGCCAUGAGCGCCUUCCUAUAGAACACAAAGUGCCUUAUCCCUUGGUGCAGGAACCCAGUGCCAUCAAGCAGGCCAUCUCCCAGCUGUGCUGGUGGGAAAGGAUGGGGAUGAAAAACCAAGGUGUCCUUAUUUUGUGCAGCAAGACACCACCUCACGGAAGUCCUGGAUGGCAGGAGACCUGUAUAUUCAGAAGCAACAAAAGGCCCGUGAAUAAAGUUUCUGACCUUCUGACAAUGUUCCAUGACAUGCUCCAGCCUUUUCCCUCUGUCACUCCUCAUGACACCACCACCUGAAAGACAAGAAGGCACAGUGGUCCCCAUUUUCUGCCUGUUGACUUUCCAUGCUUGCCCUCAGUGCCACUCCUAAUGUUGCUUGCUCUUCCUUGCUGUGUGAGCCUGAGCACAUUGGCGCUUUCUCUGUGCCUGUGGAAGGAAGUCACCAGUGCAAGGCCGGCCUAAGGUCCCUUCUGUAGCUACCUCAUGUACCUCCCCCCCAGGAGGUAGGCACUGUUUCCAGUUCACAGUGCAGAUUGGGAAGUGAGACGGAUUGAAAGUGUGUUCGUAGGCCACAGGCAGGAAGUAGAAACUCAGUCUGAUCCCUGUCUGUACAGGUUAUAGAUCCAUGUAGAUGAUAUCAACCCCUAUGUCACAGCUAGAACAAGGACACUUAGCCAAUUAUAGAGCCCUGUAGUUACACUACUGUUAGCCACCAACUGUCCCAAAUCUAGAGAUUAGAAACUACUAAAAAGAAGUGAAGAUAUACUGCCAGCCCCUAUUGAAGCAAGUGGAAGUUGGCUAGAGUCCAGAGCCCUGUCCAGGUGUGGCCUACUCUGCAAUGGGCAUCAGCUAACGGGCCCCCUGGGCUUUAACUGAUGUGCAAGGAGGUCUUUGCUGGGCUGAUCCUGACCCAGCAGGGCCCGAGUCUUAUCUGCAGACCUCUGGAUGCCAGGGACAUUGAUUUGAUUGCAGUUAGGACGAACAGGCAGACAGACGCUUGAUAAAUUGUUUUGUUAGGCCAGCCUGCACAAGUGAAAAUCAAUGGCAAUCCCUGCGCCUUACUGGCCUCUGGGAGCAUUUAAGAUGCAGAGCGGGUAUGGGGUGUUGUCCUCCCCAAGGGCUGCUGAAUUAGGUAAGAUCUGGCAGACAUACUGACAGACAGCAGGAAAACAGUUUCCUCCUGGAAGCACUUACAAGUGGCCCAGCUCAGUGGCAGGUUCAUUUCCCCCUGGCUGAGCUCAGAUGGAGCUGAUGUCUGCAAGGCUUUUGGAGCUCUGCCUGCUGCUGUUCCCGAAGCCACCCAGAGGACUGCCUGGGUUUCCUGGGAGCAGUCUGGCCAAAAGAAUAGAACAUCACCAUCUUUCUGUUUCCCAGCAUGUCAGGCCAGAUCAAACAAGGAGCAACAUGUUGUUUGCACCUUUUAGCUCACCAGGACAGCCAUUCAUGGUCCUUUAAAACCAGCCCAGAGCAUUCUUGUCACCCUCUUCCCCUCAGCUUAAAUGAGAGCAUUGGACCAGAUGACUGGCACUAUUUGGUGUUGGUGAAGUCCCAAGAGAUGGAGACUGAGGCUGUUGCUCAGUGGUCGAGCACUUACCUAACAUGCACAAGACUAUGGGUUCAUCCCCAGUACUACAUACACAAAGGAAGUCCCCAAGGAGAUUCCAAGUUUAAGAUUAGCAGCCCAAGAGUGUUGGGUGGGUGGCCCAUCCCCACUGCUCUCCUAUUCGGGUAUUUUCUAAGUGCCUUUUCUGUGCCCUGCAGAGAAUGUGACCAUCAUAGAUGUUUCUGGAGAAACUUAAAACCUUGUGCCUCUGGAGGGACACAAGACUCAAGUGUCUUUAAUCCUAGUCUGUGAAUAGGUGCAAGAACUUCUGUUCCCUGGGAGGCAUAACCAGAGAUGGAUUAUGAGAGACCUCAGAGCCUGUGGAAAGGAGCUUAGCAAGGAAUCUGCCCAUA